CCCAAGGCAGCGGCGCUAGGUGGCUGGUGGUGGGCCAAGCCCCGCCUCGCCUCCCUGGUGCGUGUAGUGGGCGGAGCGCGUUCGGCUCAGGCGGCGGCAGCAGCAGCAGCCUUUGCUGCUGCACCAGCGGGCCGGGGCUCCUCCUCGCUGCUGAGCGCCGAAUGUGAGAGCGCGGGCGGAGUCGUUCCGCCUCCUCCUCCUGCUGCCUCUGCCAGUCCCGCUCCUGCGGGCAUCGGAAGGCAACGCAGCCAGCCCGGCGAGCAGAUAUCGGGAUUUGGCGCCCGAGGGCUUUCCUUUCACUGGCCCCAGCGAGCGAGCGAGCUACCAACCUACCGUCUGCCCUUGCUUCCUCCGCGAAGCGAAAGUGGAGCCCGCUGGCUUCCCGGAAACUCUCGGGCGUUGGUUCAGCGGGCGGCGCUGUGGUCGUCGUUUGGGCUCGCCGUAGCGGAUUUUCGGGCGCUGUGUCGCUCGGCUCUAGUGGGAGGAACUUGAGCGGAGUAACCCGCGGAGCAGGGGAGCUGGAAGGGUUGCCUCGUCCCGGCCCCGCUUGCAGCCGCCCGGGCCCGGGAGGGAACUUUCACCCUUCCAGCCGCGCUCCGGCCAGGCGGCGGGGCCGGGACUGCUCGCGAGCGCGACCAGAAGUUUAGUUGGAGCCGGCGAGGUGACCUGCGCCCCUUUCCCCCCCGCUCCUCCGUCUCCUUGCCCGACGCGGCGAUGAAGCUGAGCCGGCAGUUCACGGUAUUUGGCAGCGCGAUCUUCUGCGUGGUGAUCUUCUCGCUCUACUUGAUGUUGGAUCGGGGCCACCUGGACCACCCCAAGAACCACCGCCGAGAAGGCUCCUUCCCCCAGGGUCAACUUUCAAUACUGCAAGAGAAAAUAGACCACUUGGAGCGCUUACUUGCGGAGAACAAUGAAAUUAUUUCAAAUAUCAGAGAUUCGGUCAUCAAUCUGAGUGAAUCUGUCAAAGAUGGACAGCGUACUCCGGAAGCCAUAAACUUCAGUCAAGGAAAUUUCUCGGAGCCUCUUGCCACUUCAUAUAUCUCAGUGGAUCCUGAAGACUGCCACUUCGCUUCCAAAACUGGAAGUCCAGCUUCAGAUGUACAGAUGCUAGAAGUCUAUGACCUUCUUCCUUUUGAUAAUCCAGAUGGCGGAGUUUGGAAACAAGGGUUUGACAUCACAUAUGAUGAAAAUGAGUGGAAUAAUGAACCCCUUCAAGUUUUUGUUGUGCCUCACUCACAUAAUGAUCCAGGUUGGCUGAAGACAUUUGAUGACUACUUCAGAGAUCAGACACAGCAUAUACUCAAUAACAUGGUUAUAAAGCUGCAAGAAGACAAAGAGAGGAAAUUUAUGUGGUCUGAAAUCUCUUAUUUUUCAAAGUGGUGGGACGGAAUAGAUAGUCAAAAGAAGGAUGCUGUGAAAAGAUUAAUUGAAGAUGGUCAGUUUGAAAUCGUAACAGGGGGAUGGGUCAUGCCUGAUGAAGCUUCUCCACAUUAUUUUGCUUUAAUUGACCAGCUGAUAGAAGGCCACCAGUGGCUAGAGAAAGCACUAGGAGUAAAACCAAAAUCUGGCUGGGCAAUUGAUCCUUUUGGGCAUUCACCAACCAUGGCUUAUCUUCUGAAACGCACUGGAUUUUCCAACAUGCUUAUACAGAGAGUUCAUUAUUCAGUUAAAAAGCAUCUUGCAUCUCAGAAGGCGCUAGAAUUUUUUUGGAGGCAGAAUUGGGAUUUGGGAUCUAAUACGGAUAUUCUCUGCCACAUGAUGCCUUUUUAUAGCUAUGAUGUUCCUCACACUUGUGGACCAGAUCCUAAAAUUUGCUGCCAGUUUGAUUUUAAACGCCUUCCUGGAGGAAGAGUCAAUUGCCCUUGGAGGGUUCCUCCUGAAGCUAUUCAUUCUGGAAACAUUCAGCACAGGGCAUGGAUGAUUUUAGAUCAAUACAGAAAGAAGUCAAAGCUCUUUCGCACCAGAGUUUUGUUGGCUCCUCUAGGGGAUGAUUUCCGCUACAGUGAGAGUACAGAAUGGGAUCAGCAGUACCAGAAUUAUCAGAAACUUUUUGAUUACAUGAAUUCUCAUCCUGAGUUCCAUGUUAAGGCUCAGUUUGGGACUUUAUCAGAUUAUUUUGAAGCACUGCGUAAAGCUGGUAAUUUGGAUGAAAAGGACAGUAAAUCCGUCUUUCCUGUUUUGAGUGGAGAUUUUUUCACAUAUGCAGACCGGGAUCAUCAUUACUGGAGUGGAUAUUUUACAUCACGGCCAUUCUACAAACGCCUAGAUAGGAUUCUAGAGUCAUAUUUGAGGGCUGCUGAAAUUCUUUACUCUUUGGCCAUUGUGCAGUCUAAAAAACAUGAGAAAAUGAAAGUCUUUCCUUCAGUGGAUCACUACAAAUUGCUGACAGAGGCUAGGAGAAAUCUUGGGCUCUUUCAACAUCAUGAUGCCAUCACAGGAACGUCUAAAGAUUGGGUAGUUGUGGAUUAUGGCACUAGACUUUUCCAUUCAUUAAUGAAUUUGAAGAAAAUCAUCACUGAUUCUGCUCACAUUCUAAUUCUUAAGGACCAAGAAACAUAUAACUACAACCCAUCAACUCCCUUCCUUACAAUGGAUGAUGCCCAGUCUUCACAAGAUUCAUUGCCACACAAGAUUAUCAUAGAACUGAAUAUUCAGCCAAGGUACCUUUUGAUUUAUAAUCCUACAGAACAAGAGCGUUCCUCUGUGGUUUCAGCCUAUGUGAAUACACCUAGAGUUAAAGUACUUUCUCCUUCCGGAAGACCGGUUGUGGUCCAGCUUGGUGCAGUAUGGGAUGGAACUUCUAAAAUUUCACAGGGAGCAUAUCAGAUCUCUUUCUUGGCUCAUGUUCCACCUUUGGGUUUUGGAGUUUACCAGCUUCUGGAGGGACAGAGUUCAGACACUAUAUUGGCUGACUAUAAUCUCUACCAUAAUGAUAAAGCUAAAUUGGUCGAGCCAUACAAAAUUUUCAAUAUUCAGGAGAUACAGAAUGCUUUGGAUGAGAUCAUGCUAGAGAAUUCUUACAUGAAAGUCUGGUUUUCUGGCAAUUCUGGACUUGUUGAGAAAAUAAAUACAAAAGAGGAUAAUAAAAAUCAUCAUAUAAAGUUGGAGUUUGUUUGUUAUGGAACUGCAAGUAACAGAGAUAAGAGUGGAGCAUAUCUCUUCUUACCGGAUGGAGAAGCCAAGCCCUAUCUCUAUUCGGAUCUACCUGUCAUACGAGUUACACAUGGGACAGUUUUUUCUGAAGUUACUACUUUUUUUCCUCAUGUGACUCACACAGUGCGACUUUAUAAAGUUCAGGGGCUAGAAGGCCAGUCUCUUGAAAUAUCCAAUACUGUGGACAUUAGAGGAGAAUACAACCGUGAGAUUGCAAUGAGAAUUUCAUCUGAUGUUGAGAGCCAUAACAGAUUUUACAGUGACCUCAAUGGUUAUCAGAUUCAACCCAGACAGACAAUGAGCAAAUUGCCUCUUCAAGCAAAUAUUUAUCCCAUGACUUCAAUGGCUUAUAUCCAGGAUAGCAAGAUUCGCUUGACUCUUCAUUCUGCUCAGUCUCUAGGAGUUGCAAGUUUGAAUAGUGGUCAAUUAGAGGUCAUCAUGGAUCGUCGACUUAUGCAGGAUGACAAUCGAGGCUUAGGACAAGGUGUCCAAGACAACAAAAUCACAGCUAAUCUGUUCCGACUUCUGAUGGAGAAAAGGAACGGAGUAGAUAUGAAAGAAGAAAAGUUACCAGUCAGCUACCCAUCACUCCUUAGUCACAUAACAUCAUUUUUCAUCAAUCAUCCUAUGAUUCCAAUGAUUACCUAUGCAGACACGGGUAUCUCAUCACUGCUGAAUACCUUUUCUCCUCUCACUUCAUCCUUGCCCUGUGAUAUGCAUUUGGUUAACCUAAGGAUGAUACAAUCAAAGGUAGAUUCAGGGCCAUCUGAUGAAGCAGCCCUGAUUGUUCACAGGAAGGGAUUUGAUUGUAGGUUUACAAACACAGAUCUGGGGCUCCUCUGCUCUACAACUCAGGGAAAGCUAAAGGUGCACAGACUCUUCAACAAGUUCCAUGUGGAAAGUCUUAUACCUUCGUCUUUAUCAUUGAUGCAUUCACCUCCAGAUGCCAGAAACAUGAGUGAGAUCAGGAUGAGUCCUAUGGAGAUAAACACAUACAGAAUUCAGCUGAGAUGAAACCUGCUUUUAGAACUCAGAUACUAAAGAGGAAUCAGCAACUUUUGUCUUCUCAAAGAUUGUUGUGCAAUAAGAAGCACAUUUUUAUUCCAGCUUCUGGAUACUGUGACAAUAUUCAUUCUCAAAUUUAUUUGAUCCAGCGAAGUAAAAAGCCAUGAAUGCAAGCAACAUUUCUCUUUCUUUAAUAAAAUGCCAACAUCAGUAUAAGUAAAUGCAACAAGUGGGGUGGGGGGAAAUGCAGGAUUUUACUUCUAAUCAACCAAGUGAAUCUCAGGUUAAAUGUUAGUUUAUGGCUUCUAAAUUUAGGAUUUUGUGUUUGAAAGGGAGGGAAUAUGGAAUUGUUUUCUAAUCCAUAGAUGGGACUCAAAUAAUUAUAUAUUGUUGACUCCCACAUACAGCUUGGAAUUGAACCUGAAAAUGCUCUGGCAAAGCUAUUGUCCAAAUACUUGCAAAGACUUCCAUAAAUGGCAAAAUUUGAAUUUGUUCCACAUGGAGUCUGAAUUUAUCCCAUUCUAGAGAUAGAGCAAAAUCCAGGACCCUUUGAUAAGCGUGGAAGUUUAUAAGUGUAGAAGAAAUCACAUUGUCCUACCAUCUUGAAGUGCAGAACUUAAAUUCUGGAAUUUUAGAUUAAUCUUUCCUUGGAAAAUGUUAAACAACUUCCUUUUUGUUACUUGACACAUUGGGAUAUGUGCAAUUACUCCAUUAUAUAGAGUAAGGAAAGUGAAGUCUAUAAUUUCCAUGAAUACAAGUGGUUUUUUAUGGAACAUUUGGAUACUAAUGCUCUCUGAAAUGUGUUUUCUAUUUCAAUAUUACCAUAUCAAAAUAAAUGUGCCUUAUUUUUUUGAUACAUCUUGUUACUCUUGGUGUCCAUCCAGUAUGCGUGUGGGUUUUUUGGUGGUGACUGGGGGAGGGGAGAUUGUAAUACUUUCAGCCAUGUAUCUUUUAUUUGACAAUGAUGACCAUACUGAUCUCCUGCACCAAAUAUGUGCUAAUGAUGUUCUGAAUGCUCUGACUAUUUGAAUGUAAUAAACUGAUGUCAUAAAGCAAAGUCAUGGGGGCGGCGGGGGGAUAAUACUUUAAAACUCAGCUGCUAUCACUUAACCUGCAACAUACACAGAAAUUUGAUGGCAUGCAGGACAUAGUUUGCAAAAUGUCAUUCAGUGUUUAUUGUAGCAAACAGUGCAUUGAGAAUCAUGUGCCUAUAUUUUUAAAAUCCCAGUGUACAAGCUAGCUGUCGAUGCUUAUGUUGCCAAUGUUUGUUGCUGAGGAAUAGCUUCUUCAAAAAUAUUUCUUUUUGCAUCCAGUAUUUCACAUUAAGUUCUUGAAACCAGGUGGGUUUAUAAUUUCUGAAUGAAACUAUUCACUUCCCUGAAUGAAACUGUUGUUUACUAUUAAAAUGAAUUAAAUUGCAGUUCAGUAUGAUUUGUUCUUAGCUUUACUUACACAAACAUAAAUUAUUCCCUUUAAAAUUAAUAAAUACGUUAAGAACUGGAAAGCUGGUGGACAUGCAAACUAACAUUGCACCCUGAAUAACAUUUUGCACAUGCAGCAGGAAGAUGAGCAAUUUUUGCUGAUCUUCUUUUCCUUCUGCAGACCUCCGUGCCUCCUGAAAAUAUAUCCCACAAACCUUAGGGACCUAUUUUGGGAGAAUCAGCAAAAAUUGUGUCUUCCCUGUUGUGUGCAGAAUGCUGUUCAGUCCAUGCAGUGUUAGUCUAGAUGUCAGCCACAAUGUAUUUUGCUUUUACACUUUUAUAUUAAUCUGAACUGUGCCAUUUCCCCACCUAAAUACAUUUAGCUAUACUUCCAGUCUUAAAGAUGACACUAAAAUUAUCAUCAUUUUCUAAUUUGGGGGGCUCUCUUCAAAGUAUUGUUUCUGUAUUUCAAUUUUUUUGUAUUAGCACAAUUUCAUGUGACUUGCUAAAAAAAAUUCUCAUACACUGGGGGAGUAUAAAAAGCUGUAAUGGAUGAUUUUAUGCAAUAAACAUAAUUUUCUGAA